AAUGCUUCUCAAAUCAGUGGCUCUUUUGUCAGUACUGGCAGUACUUUGCCAUUCGGCUUCAGUCUCCGUCAAGGUCCUUCCAUUCGUUGACUCAUCUCUUCCAGUCAAAUUCAGAGAAGUCAUUGCUGAGGCUGCUCCACGAGUUCCACCAAAUUUGGCUUCAUAUGCUUUCGCUGUUGAUUUGUCUGUUCCAGUUUCAUUGAGCCAGCUUCAGUGCCUCAAACAAGCUGGUUAUUCGGCAGUCUUUGUCCGUGCAUACAACCCAGCUGGACAAGGAUCCUUCGACACCAACUCCUGCAAUACUAUUCAGAAUGCGUAUAACGCUGGACUCGGAACAGAGAUCUACAUGACUCCACAGCCGGCUUCAAGCAAGCAAGGAUACCAACAAUUGGAUGAGAUCUACCAAGGAUUGACUGCAAGAGGAAUAACAAUCAGAUCUGUAUGGAUCCAGGUCACUUCUCCAACCAACUGGCCAAGCAAUGCUAAUAACAAUGUCAACUUUAUCAACAGUAUUGUGUCAAGAGCUAGACAAUAUGGAAUGACUGUCGGAAUCUACACUUCCUACUACGACUGGAACCAGAUCACCAACGGAUGGAGCAGCAUUGGAAAUGAUGUUCUCCUCUGGUACUGGAAUGUCCUUGGAGGUGGUGUCAAUGGAGAGACCCCGGCCAGUUUUGCUGAUUUCCGCGCGUUCGGAUGCUGGACUACUCCAUCUGUCAAACAAUUCGCUCAAGUUGAGCAAGUUUGCCAGUUCACUGUCAACAGAGAUGUUUAUGCUGCUGGAACUAUGCUCAAGGCCGCUGACGCUGUUGAAGAGGAUGGAAAGAUCUACGCUGGAGGAUUCAUUCAAGGAAGUCAAUAGAUUUUAUCAGUUCCGAAAAUAAGUGGAAUUUGACUACUUAUAUUUUGUAUCUAACUGUACCCCCAAUAUGUUAUGAAAAUCUGAAAAUAAAGUUUAUUACAAAAAAAC